GUCAUUCCUUGUCAUUUAUUCUUUGGUGUUGUAAAAAUGUUUCUUCUAUGAUGUUUCUUUUAAAAACAUUUUAAUCAUUGGAUUUAUUUAUGUUAAAAUGAGUGACAUUGAAAAAGAAAUUUCACUGUUAAUGUCCAAGGCAGAUGAAUCCGAUCCCGCUGCAUUUGCCGAGUUGUGCAAAAAUUUAGCAAACGAACAUUUUAAAAAGCAAGAAUAUGAUAAUGCAAUUGCCUACUAUUCUCACGCAAUACGCGUUAAUCCUAAUGUAGCCGUUUAUUAUGCAAAUCGAAGUUUCGCUUAUUUAAAAACAGAAUGUUUUGGAUAUGCACUAAAUGAUGCUUCAAAAGCGGUGGAACUUGAUAGGAAUUAUGUCAAAGGCUUUUAUAGACGAGCUGCAGCUUAUAUGUCUCUUGGAAAAUUUAAGGAAGCCCUUAAGGAUUAUGAACAUGUAACAAAAGUGAGGCCAAAUGAUAAAGAUGCAAAAUUAAAAUAUAAUGAAUGUAACAAGAUUGUAAAAAAAAUUGCUUUUGAAAAAGCGAUUUCUAUAGAUGACAAAAGAAAGAAUGUGGCCGAUACAAUAAACUUGGACGCAAUGACCAUUGAGAAUGAGUAUGCUGGUCCUGAAUUAGAAAAUGGUAAAGUAACUUUAAAAUUUAUGAAAGAACUUAUGGAUAUGUACAGUAAACAAGGAAAAUUACACAGAAAAUAUGCUUAUAAAAUUCUUUUAGACAUUAAAAAUUACUUUAUGAAACAACCUUCUCUGGUAGACAUAACAAUCGGGGAUACCGAAAAAUUUACGGUAUGUGGAGAUAUUCAUGGACAAUUUUAUGAUCUAAUGAAUAUAUUUCAAUUAAAUGGAUUACCAUCGGAGACAAAUCCCUAUCUUUUCAAUGGAGAUUUUGUUGACAGGGGAUCUUUCUCGGUUGAAUGUAUAUUUACAUUGUUUGGUUUUAAACUGUUAUACCCCAAUCACUUUUUUAUGUCUCGAGGAAACCACGAAAGCGCAACCAUGAAUCAGAUGUAUGGUUUCGAUGGUGAAGUGAAAGCGAAAUAUACGGCUCAAAUGGCGGAGCUGUUCACGGAAGUCUACAAUUGGCUUCCACUAGCUCACUGUCUAAAUAGACGAGUACUUGUUAUGCACGGUGGCUUGUUCUCGCGCGACGACGUGACGUUAAAAGAAAUUUGUGAAAUCGACAGAAACCGUCAGCCCCCAGAGGAGGGACCAAUGUGCGAACUUCUGUGGUCUGACCCGCAACCGCAGAAUGGGAGGGCCCCGAGUAAAAGGGGCGUCGGCUGUCAGUUUGGGCCCGACAUUACCAAAAAGUUUUUAGAAUUAAAUAAGUUAGACUAUAUUAUUCGGAGUCAUGAAGUGAAAAAUGAAGGCUAUGAGGUUGCUCACAACGGUACCUGCAUUACGGUAUUCUCGGCACCCAAUUAUUGUGACACUAUGGGAAACAAAGGUGCUUUUAUUACUCUGAAGGGCAAGGAUAUGAUACCAAAAUAUACAACCUAUGAAGCUGUGCCUCAUCCAAAUGUGAAACCGAUGGCAUACGCAAAUUCAUUACUAAGUCUAAUCUGUUAGUACCUGCGCUUUUAACGUAGUAUAACCCGAUGAAUAUUUUGUAAAUUUUAAUGCACUAAUGGCAUUAAUUACUUCAACGAUAGGUAUAUACAAAUCGGGGAUUUUAAAAUAAGUAGCGAAAUUUUAUAUCAGUAACAAUUAAUGCAAACCAUUAGCAACAAACGCUGUCUUCUUUCUGUCUUAGUUAUCCUGCUUUUUUAGGUAACAUUUAAUUUUUCUUCUGUAUACUUGUGUUCAUUUUUAUUAUUUUAUAUAUUAUUUUAUGCAGAAAAUCAUUUUAUUUUUCUCUAAAUGAUGUGAAAUUUCUGAUUUAUUUAUUAAUACAACUUAACUGAUCAAGUAUGGAAUUUACUUAUUUUGCACAUGCUUUACAUUUACAAACUGAAUCAUGGAACUUUUGUUUUGUAUUGCACCGAAAAUUACUUUUAACACACGCGCACAGAUUCCAGUGUCCAUAAAUAUUUCAAGUCUAGGAAUUAAAAAAAGAAUGUCAUCCACAAUAAUCUAAAAUUUAAUACUGUUUAUUUACAAAAAAUAAAGUAGAUAGUAUGGUUUAAAAAAUAUUGAAUAAAAUAAAUUGGGCUAAUGUUUUUUAUUUAGAAUCCAACAUUAAAAGCUAAUAAACGUUAAUAUUGCGAUUUGAUGUGAAUAACUUUUUUAUUGAAGAAAUGAUUUUGUGAGUCUUAAAAAUUUUAAUUGAGUUUCACGGUUAUCAGUUUGGAAAAAUUAUUGUUAAAUGGAGCAAACCACUGCCAUUCUCAUUUUUACUGAGCAAACAAAGUUAUAAAUUGUGACUUACUAAAAUUUUAAAAAUUACCGAAAAACAGAAUUUGAUUAUUGAGUAUCGAGUGUGAGUGUGAGUAAUCUCGGGUAGUAAAAUCAUUAAAAAAAAACAUUUAUGGAAUAUCAAUUUUUCAAAUCUUGUAUGGUUCUGGUUUAAUCUAGUUAAUUUUUUGUUGUUGCAAAACCCGGUUUUGUCUAACUUAAUUUUAACACUGUGUUGUGAACUGGAUUCUGUUAUUUUCAAAAUUGUUAUAUUUCAGUUCUUUUUGUGUAAUUUAGAAACAACUAUUCCCAGGAAUUUGUUUCACUUGUACCGGGUGGCAAAUUAAAAAGGGCAAUGGGCCUUACCUCGAAAAGUAAUUAUCGCAAACACUUGGGUGAAAAAACCUGUGACUAAAGCGGCCGAGAAAAAAUGGAUAUUAUUUUGAAAGUGGCUCAACGCUGCCCUGAGCAAGAGGGCCGUUUAGAAUGUAAUGAGAUGGAAUAUAACGGUACUGGUAUUAUAGGUUAGCUUAGGAAACAGAUAUCGAAAUGAGGUUCUCACUAACGGGCUAGACCUUUAAUCGCAAUAAAAGUAGCAUUUAAUUUUUUAAAGCAAUUUCAAGUGUUGUUGCGUAACGCUCUUUAGGGACUAUACAAGCAAUCUAAGUCAAUCCGCUCAGGGCAGCAUUUAUAACAUAUUGAACAACUCUAAGGAUGAAAAAUAAGUUCAGUCACUUUCCUUUAACAAAAAAGAAUCGAAUUUAUCUCCCACCCUUGCAACGGUGUCCAUUUUAGCUAUUUGUAAUAUAUGAUUAUUUAUGAAAAACGGGAAUUAAAAUUUAAGAAUGCGAUUACGCCCCCUGUGGCCAUUCUAGCAGCUUAAAAAUAAUUUCCAGCAUUUUCUCUUGACCCCUUUGCUUAUAAGCUUUUCACCUCAAGCGUUGUUCAAUUCCUUGUCGAGAUAGGGCCGAGUGUCCCUUAUUGACCGCCCGGUAUAUCUCUUCUCAUUUUUAAUCCAGUUAUGGAACGUUUGAUUCUAUCUUUUCGGAUACUACCGUUUCAUUUGUUUAAAAAUUACUUAAAAAAUUGUAACUGCCUUGAACUUUCAUCCUUCAAGUAAUUUAAGCAAGCGUAAAGUAUGUUUACUUCUAAACAUUGUUCCAUUUUGAUAGCGUAUAUUUUAAUAAAAAUUCCGAAGUUUAUUA